ACUAGCAUAGACCACGCUUACCUCACGCAAUCCCAGCCGGUUCUUCCGCGAGGCUACGCCAAUACUUAUCAACUCCCGGACACCACGGCAGUAUGAAUGUUCGUCCUGUGUGAACUUAUGCCGCUCGGAUUGAAGGGUCGCCUCCUUCUCGACGACCAUGACGGCCCAAGGCGCAUCAGCGAACGGAACGCUCUCCGGAAAGGCAUCUAUCAACUCUGUAGAGUUGACGAAGCAAGACGUGCCUCUGUCGGAUGCCCACCGGACAACUUUGGAACGGAAGCUCGUCCGCAAGUUGGAUGCACGUCUACUACCCAUCUUGACCAUCCUAUAUCUUCUCUCUUUCCUGGACCGUUCGAAUAUCGGGAACGCGAAACUUGAUGGGCUAACGACGGAUCUUAAGAUGACCCAGGCCGACUAUCUCAACGCCCUUACCUUGUAUUUCUUGGGAUACGUUCUGUUUGAGAUCCCAAGCAACAUUGUCCUCAAACGUCUGACACCGCGGCUAUGGCUUCCUACGUUGAUGGUCGUCUGGGGCAUAGUGUCCACGUUAAUGGGGCUCGUACACAACUACGCGGGUCUUCUAGCGGUGCGAUUCUUCCUGGGUGCCACGGAGGCCGGUCUCUUCCCCGGCGUUGUAUACUAUCUGUCGUGCUGGUACAAGCGGAAAGAGCAGCACUUCCGCAUCUCCAUUUUCUUCAGCGCUGCUAGCCUUGCAGGGGCCUUCGGUGGUGCUCUUGCGUACGCCAUUGGAAAAAUGGACGGCAUCGGACAUAAGUCCGGAUGGUCCUGGAUAUUCAUUAUAGAGGGUUUACUGACCAUAGUGAUUGCACUGCUCUCAUAUGCGUUGGUGCAUAACUAUCCGGACACAGUCUCCUUCCUUACGCCGGAAGAGAAGACACUUCUACACGACCGGCUUCGUGCUGACAGCGACGCGCUCAGCGGCGAGACUUUCCGCUGGCAUUAUGUCAGGAAAGCUUUCGAAGACGUUACUGUCUGGCUUUACUGCCUCUGCUUCGUCGGAUGUUCCUUGCCAUUGUACACUCUGUCGCUAUUCUUGCCGACUAUCAUCGCAGACCUCGGAUACGCAGCUGCCGAAGCUCAGCUGCUCACCGUACCGCCAUACUUUGUCGCGACCGUGCUCACGUUCGCAACUGCGUGGGGCUCGCACUACAUCAACCGACGUGCGCCGUUCAUCAUCGCCGGCGCGAUUCUGGCUAUCAUUGGCUACAUCAUCCUAAUCGCCUCCGCGACGACGGGCGUGCAGUACUUCGCGACCUUCCUGUGUGCGGGAGGCAUCUACCCGGCAACCGCCAUCACGCUCUCAUGGCCCGCGAACAACGUCUCCGGACAGCUCAAGCGCGCCGUCGCCUGUGCGCUGCAGAUCAGUGUCGGCAACGGUCUGGGAGCGAUCGUCGGUACGCAACUGUACCGGUACGGACCGCGCUUCUACCUCGGCCAUGGCUUCGCCAUCGGAUACCUUGUCCUCGUCAGCGCAGCGGCCGCGCUGAACUGGCUCGUACUUGCAAGGCGGAACAGGGAGAAGGAGCGGUUGCUGCAGUCCGGGGAGGUCAGCGAGAAAGACGACCAGGAGAGCCGCUUGCGUUUGGGUGACGAGCAUCCACUGUGGAAGUUCCAAGUGUAACUCGAGUGAGGCUCCCGACGUACAGACGUAUCGCUUAGUGUAGAUGUAAUAUGACUUGACAGAUUAUGACCAUCUCAA